UUCCAAGGUAACGAUUCCACGGUCAUCUUCUUCCUUCCAACACUAAAACCGUGAGGAACUCUGAAAACCCUAUAAAGAAGGAACAUUCCUGGGUCCUGAGGCUUUCUCUACUUUAUCCCAAGGUGUUACGAUGACCCAAAAGGCCAAUCUCUUCAAAGGACAGCAGAAGAAGAAGACAAUUCCUCCAAAUCGCCAUGGCAAAGCCGCUGUCACUCGCAAAGGGAAGAAAUCUGUGAAGCCAUCAAAGGUUACUAAGGAUAUGGAUGCUGAUCGGGAGUUAACUAAGUUCAUAAACCAUUGCAAUGAGGUGAAGGCUGCCACUGUUGCUAACAAAGAAGGUGGGCAGCUUAGCAUUGUAAAAUCACCACCAGAAUCUACAAGUGGUUCAAAAAAAUAAUAGAUGCUUGGACUGCAGAUAGUAAAUAUAGAAAAGCACAUAUAACGUGGCGGCAUGUGGUGUAAAUUAGCCUUCAAAGUGAUGAGUCAUCUAGGAAGUAGAAAUCCAUUUUGAUUGCCUUUCGUUCUCUUGGUAUUAUCUAAGAAUUUUGAUGUUCAAUGCUUGUGAAUCCUGCAAGAAAAAACACAUUGAGUUUUUGUGUUAGUGGAGCUUGAAGAAAUGUAGUGUUUUGCAUUGUCCCAGCUUUUACCA